AUGCAAUUCUCAACACUCUUGAAUCUUGGUCUAGCAGCCAUCAGUGGUGUUGCUGCUGCUCCCACCGAUCCCCCCAAAGUGGAGAUUACAUUCAUCGGUGGACCAGCUAGUUACAACGUAACCUAUCAUGGAGGUACCCAACUUACCGAAAAUGACCUCUCCGUCUCCCUAAUCCGCUCCGCCAACUACAACGUCAACCAGUGCACGUUUUACUUCGUUAGUCCCGCUGCGACCGUCAAUAAUGGAGGCAUCAUUAGUGUAGGACCCCCAAGCCCUGUCGCAGCCUUCAAUUGUCCAUUUACCGAUCAGAAAUGCAUUCCAAAUUAUGAGUUUAAGAUCUUACCUGUAGUUGGAGGUUUCGGAGAAGAUCGUCCUCAAAGACAACCGAUCGUAUCUCUUGCAGAUAGAACUCGCGCUGAUGAUUUGAGAGUGCACAGACCAGAACGUCAGCUUGAGGAGUCGUCUGAAACACUGCAGACUAUUGCAGAAGGUCGUCGUGUCUUUCAAAAGCUCAAGAAGAAGAUAGACAAUUACAUGUUGGUGGGUUGCCUAGGAUGCUUGAUCAAUCGGAGAACGAAUUGGAGAUACGAUCCAUCUUUAAAGAUUUUCGCAAUCGAUGGAGUAAGCAAGAGGGUGAGCCCUCGUGAUAAAAACCUGGAUGAUCGACGGCGAAACUUUUGCUUUGUUGAUUUCACCACUCGUGAGGAAGCUCAAGCAGCUAUGAAAGCUAUCGAUGGGACAUUUUACAGAGAUGCGCCGUUGAAAGUUUCAAUGGCAAUUCCAAAAUCCGAAAGACAGAGAAAUACUUAUGGAAAGAGAGAGGAAAGAACGGACGGAAACUUUCGAUAG